GAGAGUUACAUGUGGAGAUUACCCAUGUGGGUUGUGAUAUCCGCAUAAAACGAAUACGAACGUUUAGUUUCAAAGACUCGAGUUGAAGGAUAAAAAUAUAGUUCAUCAUGUCUUCUUUCUUUAUAAAGAAAAAGACAGCCUCGGCGGUUCUUAGCAAAUCUGACAGGUUUACUGGUUCAAAGCGAAAGGCUGAUAAUGAGAGUGUAAAAGGACGUUCAAAAAAACUCCCCAAACGACUGAACGAGGAGAUAUCCAGCGAGUCAGAAAACGAAAACGAUGAGGUGCCGAAGAGAAAAAGGAAAGAGAACGAGGUGGAGCAGGAGAUUGAAGAGACCCCCCAGGAGAAGAAGCUACGACUGGCCAAACUUUACCUGGAGCAGCUGAGAGAGGAAGAAGAUAAGAAGGUAGAGGACGAGGCUUUUGAGUCAGACCUGAUAGCUGGACGACUCAAGGAGGACGUGCUGGAGCAGAAAGGCAAGUUGCAGAGGCCGCUUGCCGGAGGGCUCGUAGCUCCAGACCCCAUCGAAAUCAGGUUGCUAAGGGGACACAAGCUUUCCGUCACGUGCCUGUGCAUCACCCCGGAUGAGAAGCACAUCUUCUCGGCGUCCAAAGACUGCUCCAUCAUCAAAUGGGAUGUGGGGAGCGGGAAGAAGGUACAUAAGAUCCUCGGAGGCAGAAAGGGUACAGAGGCUCGGCACGUUGGCCACACCGCACACAUUCUCUGCAUGGCCAUUUCGUCAGACGGCAAGUACCUGGCCACGGGAGACAUGAACAAGCUGAUCAUGAUUUGGGAAGCGGCGACUUGCAAACACCUCUACAAGUUUACAGGACACAAAGACGCCGUAUCGGGACUGGCCUUCCGGAGAGGAACACACGACUUGUACAGCGCCUCCCACGACCGCUCCGUCAAAGUGUGGAACGUGGAUGAAAACGCUUACGUGGAGACACUGUUCGGCCACCAGGACGUGAUCACGGCUUUGGACUGCCUCGGGCGGGAACGCUGCGUGACUGCAGGCGGGCGUGACCGCACGCUCCGCGUCUGGAAGAUCGCAGAGGAGACGCAGCUCGUGUUCCACGGGCACGAAGGCUCCAUUGACUGCGUUCAGCUCAUCAAUGAAGAGCACAUGGUUUCCGGCGGCGAUGACGGCUGCUUGUGCGUUUGGUCGGUGGGCAAGAAGAAACCAGUGAGCGUUGUGAAGCAGGCACAUGGUGUCCAUGGCAACGCAGGGCUCAAGGAGCCUUGCUGGGUGUCUUCAGUGGCGGCGCUGCAUAACUCCGACACUGUGGCCUCAGGCUCCCAUAACGCCAUGGUACAGUUAUGGAAGUGUGGGCAGGGUUUCCGAGGCCUGGACCCGCUAUUCACCAUCCCCGUGACUGGUUUUGUGAAUAGUUUGAAAUUCUCAACUUCAGGCAAGUUCUUGGUGGCUGGUGUUGGACAGGAGCACAGACUGGGCCGCUGGUGGAGAGUAAAGGACGCCAAGAACGGACUCUACAUCAUUCCUCUCAAAAGGCAGAACAGAGAGGCAGAGACUGAGCAAUAACAUGCAUGCGCACAGACACAAUGAAGACUUGGUUUUGAUUUCUUUUUUUUCUUUUUUUUUUUACUCUUGUGACAGUACAUUGUCAUUUACAGAAAUAUAAGAUGAAAAUUUCAGUUUGUUUUGACUUAUUUAUCUAGCAGGCUGAUGCAGCUUGUCCAUCAUUGGACCUCCCUUUGCUAUAGUCAUGGCAUUUUUGUUUCAGUUGCAAAGAUUGCAGUGGAGUCAGGAGCCAGUAGCUUGGUACUCAGAACGGUUCUGUGGGAGGCUCCCGUACCUUCUUAAAGAUGUAACAUGACCGCUCCUGUGCAAAACUAACAAUCGAGUCAUUAAAAAAAAAGUUUAUUUACAUAUAUUACAGGAAGCGCAUUGACUGGUUCACCAAAGAUCACAUUUAAAUACAUUUCUGUUGGCUCUUUACUGCAAACUGAACACACUAAGAUUGUUUUCAAGUCAAAAAGAAAUACUGAAUAUAGUUUAUUUUUGCAUUGCCACUAAGCCAGUGCAUUGAAAGAAGAAAACAUUUCAGCAACAAGACUCCAAGAACAACAAAGAUUUUCCAAUGACAUUUAUGACUUGAACUACUGAAGUAAAGCAUGGUAAUACUGUAGUGCUUAUACUCCCAGAGGUGGUCUUCCUGCAGUUUGAGAGUUCAGAAAGCUUGGAUGUCUAAUUGUCUCUGAAGAAUCUAUGUAGAAGUUGAUUGUUGAUUUUGUAAGUGUAAUUUGAAACCCACCACUUCAUGUCUUUACCAAAAUAUAAAAUUUAAUUGUCAAAGUAAA